ACACCCUGGUACAUCACUCAGAGACUCCCCUACCACCCCCCGGCACAUGUACGCCCCCCCACCUGCACCCCCUGCGACCCCCCACGUUGCACCCCCGGCCACCGCUCGCCUGACCGACCCUCACCACCCUCCGCACCACGACACCGCCCCCACCACCUGCUCUCGCCCCUCCAAGGCCCACCCACGCACCCAGUCACCCCCCGUCGCUCGCAGACCCUACCCUCGCUAGGCACCGUCAUACUGGUCAGCAGCCCCUCCUCCCCUCCCCCCGUGGACCCCCCCGGCCCAACACUUCUCCCCACCCCGCCGCCCAUCCGGCCCCCCAUCCGCCCCCACCCCCACCACCCUCCGCCCCCGCGCCCCCCAACCAUGCGCAACAUCGCUCCCCUACCCCACACCACCCACCCCCAAUCUGCGGCCACCAGCAGUUCACCCCCCCCCAAGUCCCCCCCCGCUAGCCCCACACCUCCCGCCCCAACAACUCCUCACCACCCAGGCUCCCAGUCGACCCCAAGCGCGCCCACUACCCUUUCCCUCCCUGACUCCCCACGCCUUCAACUCCCCCAGUCCACGGAGCAGAACCGCUGCCUACAACCAAACACUCCACGACUAUUUCCGAUGCUGCACGUCAGCAGCUGGGUCAAGGCCCCGCACCGCCGCCAGCCCCCCCCCCCCCCGCCGCCCUCGACACACUGUCCCCAGCCGCCCCGCCCGCCCCCUGGUGCCCCCUCCCUAUCCCCCCACAACCGACGAAGGUUAUUCUCGAAGUUAUUAGGCCACGCCACCCAGCCCCCUCCCCGCCCCCCCGCUGCCGCGUCCCAAGCCCCAGCCGCGAAGCGCGCGUCUCCUCAUCUACACUCCAACCAGCAGACAAGGAGAUACAACCAGCAUCGCAUCUCGUGA